UAUGAAUUCUCAUGUGACAGAUAUACGAAGGACAACUUCAUCUGAAUCAAUUGAUUUCUGAGCAAUAAAAUUGUAAAAUAAAAAAUAAAUUAGAAAAAAUAUGGGAGCAGCAUUUUUUCCAUGCCUUAUAUUUACAGCCUUCUGGGGUUUUGUUGGUGUUGUAUUACCAAUUCUUGUACCAAAAGGACCUAAUCGAGAAAUAAUUCGUGUUGUAUUAAUGUUAACGGCGGCUACGUGCUGGGGAUUCUGGGUGUGUUGUUAUAUGGCACAAAUGAAUCCCUUAAUUGGACCCAAAAUGACAAAUAAUACUAUAUUGAUGGUUAUGAGAGAAUGGGGUGAUGCAGUUCCAACAUAAAGAGCUCUUUAUGAAAAUGAAAAUCCAUGAAUUUGUAUUUAAAGAAAACAUUAUUCAUUGUUCAUUAUCUGUGUAUAUUAAUUAAUCAAAAGUUUAUUCCACAAUUAUUUUUAAUUAUUUUUAUGUUGUACAUGAUUUUCUCCUAAUUUUAUCCUCGAAUAAUUAAUAAAUUGUUACAAUAAAUAA